UCCUCCGCGCCUCUCAGGACUCCGGUCCACGCCAUGGCGGAUUCCGAGCGCCUCUCGGCCCCUGGCUGCUGGGCCGCCUGCUCCAACUUCUCACGCACCCGACAGGGAAUUCUCCUGUUUGCUGAAAUUAUACUGUGCCUGGUGAUUCUGAUCUGCUUUGAUGCCUCGACAUCAGGAUACUCCUCCUUGUCAGUGAUAGAAAUGAUCUUUGCUACUCUCUUCUUUGUUGUCUACAUGUGUGACCUGCACACCAAGAUACAGAUCAUCAACUGGCCUUGGAGUGAUUUCUUCCGAACCCUCGUAGCGGUCAUCCUCUACCUGAUCACCUCCAUUGGUGUGCUUGUUGAGAGAGGAAACCACUCCAAAAUCGUCGCAGGGGUACUGGGCCUAAUCCCUGCAUGCCUCUUUGGCUAUGAUGCCUACAUUACCUUCCCCUUGCAGCAGCAAAGACAUACAGCAGCCCCUACUGACCCUGCAGAUGGCCCAAUGUAGGUGAACUCCCUUCAUUUCUCUCAGCAACCUGCAAAUAACACCGCCAUCGAAGUAAUUCCUCCCAGCUCACAACUGAGGUAAAAGUGCCUUUAUCGAGAAAAAUUGUCUUCCAGACUGCCAAUCAACUCCUCUGGGUAUGGCCACCUUUAUGGGUGUGCCUAGGUUCCCCUUCCUUCUGCAGUAUCCAAACGGAGACACCAGUUCUGCCUCGACAAUGCCCCCACCUAAGCCACAAAAUGACGGAAGAGGGUGCCUCAG